GAGAGUAUAUUGGAGGAGAGAAGAGAGAGAGAGAGAUAAGGAGGAGGAGCCAUGAGUUCGCUGUUCACUCCUUUCUCUGCUCUCCCUUUGCGCCAUACCAGAGCUACUGUCUCCUGUUGCUCUUCUGGGCAUGUAUCAUUUAUCAAAGAAGUAGCUGUCACUGAACCUCCAAAGCAUCUUCAACACUUACUCAAAGUUCUUCAAACAAGAGGUGAAACCAUCAUAUCUCCUGGAGCUAAGCAGGGACUCAUCCCUCUUGCUAUUCCGCUUUCUAAGGACUCUUCAGGCUCUGUUACUGCGCUUCUGAGAUGGCCUACUGCUCCACCAGGAUUGGAUAUGCCUGUUGUUGAAGUUUGGAGGAGUGGUGUCCGGCUUAUAGCUAGAAAUGUAGAUGAGUACAUUCACCGGAUUCUUGUGGAAGAAGAUGCGCAAGAGUUGUCAGAACUCUACAUUGCUUCAGCUGAGGCAGGCGAGAAGCUUUACAAAAAGGGUGCUUUUGCUGAAUCUCAGAUUGAUAAUCUCGAUGUUUAUGUCUUAAAGAAGGUUGGUCUGUUUCCUGAUGUGUUGGAGAAGAAAGUAUUACGGCAUUUCCAUGAAGGAGAUCAUGUUUCAGCUAUGGUGACAGGAGAAUUCUACACAAGGAAAGAUCUGUUUCCCGGAUUUGGACGGCCUUUUGUGUAUUACGCAAACAUACUGCAGAAGGUUGGACGUGAUUCAGAAGCAAAAGAAGCGGCUAGAGUAGCACUGAAGUCACCUUGGUGGACUUUAGGAUGUCCUUAUGAGGAGGUUGCUAGUAUUGCACAAUGGGAAGAUGAGCAAAUCGAAUUCAUAAGAGAGAAAGUGAGUGAUGAAGGUCGUUUUGAGGAUUUGAAGAAGGGUAAAGAUCCCAUCCAAGUUGCUUUGGAUGUUGCUGCUUUUCUCUUGGACUUGGCAUCUAUUGAAGGAACAUGGUCUGAAUCUUUGCACCAUAUUGCUAAAUGUUAUGAGGAGGCUGGAUUAAAGGACAUAUCUAACUUCAUUUUGUACACAGAUGACAAAUGAAAAAAGAACUCUAUGUUGUAUAUGAGAUAAGAUUCUUUCAUAUUGUAAUAACAUCAAAAAAUUUGGUUUCUAAAAAGAAAAUGUCUUUAAUAGUU